AUGACAGACCACCUCGGACUCGCUCCGGUGGUCCGCACAGCGAGCCUCAUUGCACUGCUGGAUCAGACCGAAUUUGACAAUUCUACCUCAAAGACGGUUGGCAAGAAAGGCAGACGCGUCAUCACCCACCAGCUCGAACCUGACGUCAAAUCCUAUCGCACAAUCGCUGCUCGCGCCAAGAGUAACCUGAUUCAUGUCGAUGGUGGUCGCCCGACAGCAAGCUUUGCUGCGCUGCGAAAACUCAUCUUCUCGCGCACCGUUGGACGCCUCCAAGCUGAGCACCUGUCGACCACACGCACGAUCGAAGCAGAUUAUGCCUUUCUCUUGCCAAACGGACACUCCUCUCCCGAGCAACUCGCCAUUUUCCGGGCUCUGUACGAGUGCCCGAUGACAGUGACCAACGCCGACUUGGGCAAGAUCAUCAACAUGGAGCCUUCGACGCUCACUUCUCCUCCAACAAGCGUUGGAGCACACUUUUACAUCAGGUCAUGGACGUUCACUGCAUCAGAGUUCAGGAGAGUUAUUGGUGCUAUGGGUGAAUACAAGGAGGCGAUUGAGUGGAAGAAAGUGGUGGAUCUGUACGCACCGAGAGACUUGAGUUCUGAGGCUGAGAUGGAGGAAGAUCUCGAAGACGUUUCGUCCGUUGAUGCUCGCGAUCCGGCCACUUUGCCGUCAACUACGCGCGACGCAGUCGAGAGUCAAAUAACAACAUCCGGAGAUAUUCAGACAUUCAAGAAGGGCGGUACGGUGUACUUCACUCUACGCUACAUCGGCCGCACCACUGGUCCAAACCGCCCAUUCGAUCGCUACAUGGAAGAUUUGACCAGGAAGAAGUACGGUGUUCUUGUCGAGUUCAUGGCCACUGUGGAACGCCUUUAUCCCAUGGUCGCCGACGCCGCAGAAGUCCACCUCUUGUUGGAUGCCUCYCUUGGUACGGGCGAUCACGCAGCGCCGGUGGCGGCAGUCCUGAACCGCUUCACGCAGGAUGACCGUGAGCGCCUUUUGAUUGAGCACUUUGAUCAUGGUACUCUUCUCAAUCGGCAGCACGGCGGCUAUUUCUCCCAGUACAUUGCGAGAGAGGAGGACCACCACAUCUAUCUCGAUCUCAAGGUGAACUUCUACCACCGACUCCUUGCGCACUCGAAUGCCACGCCAUCCCAGACUUUCUCCGACAUCAAUCAGCAUUUCAAGGGGGUACAAGACUGGGCAAACGACAACGCCGAUUCCACUGGCACUUCACGCCACGAGUACACGAACGCCCUGACGCGAGUCACCGCCCAGCAGGCACAGCCCUUUUUCUACCAGGGCCGAUCUGCGAUCAUCACCGUCGUUGGCAAGGACGUCACGCUGGACAACUAUCUGACGGCACGGCCGUUCUUGGGCGGCGAGAGUCAGGCUGCAGAACUUACAGCGGCCAACAUCAAUCGCCUCGCGGAAGCCGAAGACUCCAAAUACACUGCUGCUGCGUUCAAUUCUCAGCUAUUUCCCUUCGUGGAUCUCUGGAAUUGGAUGUGGCACAUCGACAUUGAUUGGGCUCGCGAGCUUUUGCGUCAAUACUUCGAAAUCUCUCGUCCUCUCAUCAUGGUGAGUCUUGGCAGAGAAGUCAACGAGAUCACUCGCGGCAACUUCAUGCACCGCCUGGGUGUUGCCGCAUCGACAUUCAUCGGCUGCGUCGGCGAGCCGACCGUGCAAUUCWACGACAGUGGCCCUGGCAAAGACGCCGACACGGCCUUUAUCAACAUUCCGCACUACCACCCUGGCGCCGACAAGUACACCGCUCAUCAAGUGCAGCUUCGUCGCGUUCUUGAUCUGACCUGGCAAGUAACUUUCAUCACCGGCGACGUCCUCUUGAACCUCAUCGACGAAUACGGCGACGACCUCCCGUCGAGAAAGGAGCUUUGUCAGGAGGCGGUAACCAGUGUCCAAACCAACAAGAAGUACACAACAUUCUGGAAGAGCUUCAACGAAGCAAAGGUAGAAUUGCACUCGGCUUUGGGCACUGCUGGUCCGAAUGAUGAUGUCCGUCCGGUCCUCAACCAAGAAGGCCGCUUACGCAUGGCUGCUCUGGGCCAGGCUGAGCACGAGCCGAACUCCACGGCACGCCGCGCCCAGCUUGAGUUGUGGUGGCACAAAAACAUCCCAGAUCUGCAUCUUGUUGUGCCUCACAAUGAUAAGAACCAUGAUUGGUGGAUCAACGAGUUUCUUCAGCUCGCUGAAGGCCAGUUCUUCUUCAUGCAGGUGCUCAACAGGCUGCCAGCUGAUGAGUACACCGAUCACCUUCUCCGCGCUAUUCAACCCGCUUGGGCGGAAGACACAUCUUGGAUGGACGCCACUCAGAAGAGAGAAGCUGCAAUCUUGCGUUGCGGUGUGUGGUUUCAUCGCCCGAAGAAGGAAACUCAGAAGAUGAAGACGUGGUACCCAGAUGUGUACUGUUCGGCGUUUGACAUGCAAGGCCGCCUGGUUGGUGUCGGUACAACUGGAGCUAUUCGUUUGCAUUGGACGAAGGAUGAUGGCACCAAGUACGUCGUUCAGAUCCGAGUCAAGCUGGCUAUCCCACCUCCUGGUCAGUCAUAUGCAUCGAGAUCUGUGCACUUCACGCGCCACGGUAUCGACAUUUGUGAUGCUGAUGGUAACCCAUUCCGUAUUCACACGGCCUCUACAAACACCACUACAAAAGCCUCGAUUGCUCGCAAUCUCUUGGCCGGCACUGAGGGCGCUUUCAACGUGAGCGGCGGUGGCCAGGUCACUCUCGAUCUUUGGAAGGCUGUUCGUCUGGCUCACGGGAAGGAGAUCCCAAAUGAUGACGCUCCUCCAGAUGCCAAACAGUGGACUGUUGCCAAGGGUAUUGCGGGACUCGCUCGUAACGCUACCACAGAGAGGCCGGCUCAGAAUCGCUCUCCUGUCGAAGGAGAUGCCAUCUAUCCGCUCUCAAAGUGGCUCGAUGUACGCUUUCCCAACGGCGGUACGUUACGAACGAUCUCAGCGACUAGGCUGUUGAACUCAACUGAAGAUUUGCAAAACUUCAUCGCCUUCCUCAAGUCGCCAGAGUGGAUCAAUCACCCAUACGUUUUAGACUGGUGGCUUCCAAAUCUGGAGCGUGCCACAGGUGGCGGUCCUGACAUUGCUUUGCUGGAGAAGAACAUUCGCAUUCUCCGAUCAACAGUGAAGAAGAGAACCACAGGCCGGAACUCUCUUCCUGGUAAGAACGAGAUGCGCACGGAGACCAUCAUCGAAGUUGGCCCACCCAACUCAGCUGAUCCCAACCCAUUCCCUGCCGCAAAGCCUCCCGCAAAGAAAGCUGCGUCCAAGAAACGCAAGGUUGAUGACGACGACGGUGAUGGCGAUGCCGACGACGGUGGUGAUGGCGAUGCUGACGACGGUGCGGAGACUUCUGCUAGGCCCAAAGCCAAAGGCAAGAAAGCGAAGACCUCGAAGGCCGCAGAUGAUGAAGAAGAUCCUGUCCCCAAGCCACCAAGCAAGAAGAAGAGGAAGGCGAAGUCUACCGUGGSCGUUGAUGAGGAUGAGGAGGAUGAUGACGAUGAGGCACCUCCAUCCAAGUCAAAGGCCACAAAGACGGCCCCGCUCAGCAAGGCAUCAUCUACGCGCCAGAUUUCAACUUCCACGAAAUCGGUCUCCGAUCUUCUUGGAGACGAUGACGAUGACGAUAUCCCCGCAGCUCAGUCCAAGCCAAAGAAGAAGAAGAAGAAGAGUGCCGCCGCCGCCGACGAUGAUGAUGAGAAACCUGCACCCGCUGGCAGGCACAAGCGGAGAUAUGCGAUACGUCCGCAGGAUUACGAGGAUGAGGAAAUGGAGGGUUGA